CCAUGUUUGUUGGGUGUCUCAAUUUGACCUGUCAAGAUUCAAGUGGCCUUUCGGUUUGAGCAAUUUGUACCCCUGAUCAUUGAAAAACUCCGCACGGAAAAUCGAAAUAUUUUCAUAAAUCCGUUUCAAGGUUCCACGAAGAGUCUACAAGUCCUGAAACAAGUGAAAAAAUGGCGCAGCCAGGCCUGCUGCCCAUCAAGUUCCAAGAACAUUUGCAGUUAACAAACAUUGGUAUCAAUGUCACGAACAUAUCGUUCGCCACUCUCACCAUGGAGAGCGACAAAUUCAUCUGUGUGAGGGAAAAGGUAGGUGAUACCUCGCAGGUCGUCAUUAUUGACAUGGCAGAUCCCAACAAUCCUAUUCGACGUCCAAUCACAGCCGAAAGCGCCAUCAUGAACCCGGCAUCUAAAGUGAUAGCGUUGAAAGGAAAGGCAGGUGUGGAGGCGCAGAAAACUCUCCAGAUAUUCAACAUCGAAAUGAAAUCGAAAAUGAAGGCGCACACCAUGCAUGACGACGUCAUUUUCUGGAAGUGGAUCAGUCCCAACACGUUAGCUCUGGUUACCGAAUCUUCUGUUUACCAUUGGUCCAUGGAAGGCGAUUCAACGCCGGUCAAGAUGUUCGACCGGCAUUCUUCUCUCAACGGCUGUCAGAUAAUCAACUAUCGCACAGACCCGAAACAAAAUUGGCUGCUUUUGGUUGGUAUUAGCGCGCAGCAGUCGCGAGUGGUCGGUGCGAUGCAACUGUAUUCGGUAGAAAGAAAGGUAUCGCAACCGAUCGAAGGACACGCCGCGUCGUUCGCAUCUUUCAAGAUGGAAGGUAACCAGGAACCGUCGACUCUGUUUUGUUUCGCCGUGCGCACGGUCCAGGGCGGCAAACUACACAUUAUAGAGGUGGGUCAGAGUCCCGCGGGCAACCAGGCGUUCCCGAAGAAAACCGUCGACGUAUUUUUCCCGCCCGAAGCGCAAAACGAUUUCCCCGUCGCGAUGCAAGUGUCGACGAAAUACGACGUCAUCUAUCUCAUCACCAAGUACGGCUACAUCCACAUGUACGAUAUCGAGAGCGCCGUCUGCAUCUACAUGAACCGGAUCUCGAGCGAGACGAUCUUUGUUUCCGCGCCACACGAGGCCACCGGGGGAAUAAUCGGCGUGAAUAGGCGGGGUCAGGUGUUGUCCGUGUCGGUAGACGAAGACAGCAUCAUCCGUUACGUCAAUCAGGUGCUGCACAAUCCGGAUCUGGCACUUAGAUUUGCGACGCGCAACAACCUCUCAGGGGCGGAGGAACUCUUCGUUAGCAAAUUCCAGAUGUUGUUCCAGAACGGUCAAUAUACGGAAGCGGCCAAGGUGGCCGCUAACGCCCCAAAGGGUAUUUUGAGGACGCCCGCGACGAUCCAAAUGUUUCAGCAAGUCCCCGCCCAGCCGGGCCAGAACAGUCCCCUGUUGCAGUAUUUCGGCAUUUUGCUAGACCAGGGACAGCUCAACAAGUACGAGUCCCUGGAGCUUUGCAAGCCGGUGCUGCUUCAAGGUCGCAAGCAGCUGCUCGAGAAGUGGAUCAAGGAGGAGAAGCUCGAGUGUUCGGAAGAACUGGGCGAUCUCGUGAAGCAGGUGGACCAAUCGUUGGCGCUCUCCGUUUAUCUAAGGGCGAACGUGCCGUCAAAGGUCAUACAGAGUUUCGCCGAGACCGGACAGUUCCAGAAGAUCGUUUUGUACGCCAAGAAGGUGUCGUAUAGCCCCGAUUAUGUGUUCCUGCUAAGGCAACUGAUGAGGACUAAUCCCGAACAAGGAGCCGCGUUCGGGAGCAUGCUCGUAGCUGACGAGGAACCGCUCGCCGACAUAAACCAAAUAGUCGACAUUUUCAUGGAACAAAACAUGGUGCCGCAGUGCACCGCGUUCCUGCUCGACGCGUUGAAAAACAACCGACCCACCGAAGGCCAUUUGCAAACGCGCCUGCUCGAAAUGAACUUAAUGUCGGCGCCUCAAGUGGCCGAUGCCAUUUUGGGCAACAAUAUGUUCACGCACUAUGACCGCGCGCACAUUGCGCAACUCUGCGAGAAGGCGGGGCUCCUGCAACGUGCGUUGGAACACUACACGGACCUAUAUGAUAUCAAGAGGGCGGUGGUACACACCCAUCUGUUGCCCGGCGAAUGGUUGGUCAGUUUUUUCGGCACUUUGAGCGUCGAGGACAGCCUCGAGUGUUUGAAGGCGAUGCUGACAGCGAACAUACGCCAAAACCUACAAAUAUGCAUACAAAUCGCUACGAAGUACCACGAACAAUUGACUACCAAGGCCCUAAUCGAGCUGUUUGAAAACUUCAAAAGCUAUGAAGGUCUGUUCUAUUUCCUGGGGUCAAUCGUCAACUUCUCUCAAGAUCCUGAGGUUCAUUUCAAGUACAUCCAGGCCGCUUGUAAAACGGGCCAGAUCAAGGAAGUCGAGAGGAUCUGCCGCGAGUCGAACUGCUACAACCCGGAACGGGUCAAAAAUUUCCUGAAGGAAGCGAAACUGACGGAUCAGUUGCCUCUGAUCAUCGUCUGUGACCGUUUCGAUUUCGUUCACGAUCUGGUGCUGUACCUGUACAGGAACUCUCUACAAAAGUAUAUCGAGAUCUACGUGCAGAAAGUGAACCCGAGUCGUUUGCCGGUUGUGGUGGGCGGUCUUUUGGACGUCGACUGCUCCGAGGACAUUAUCAAAAAUCUGAUAUUGGUGGUACGCGGUCAGUUCUCGACGGACGAGCUGGUCGAGGAGGUGGAGAAACGGAACAGGCUGAAGCUGCUGCUGCCGUGGCUCGAGAGCCGGGUACACGAGGGUUGUGUCGAGCCCGCCACCCACAACGCCCUAGCCAAGAUCUAUAUUGAUUCCAACAACAACGCCGAGCGGUUUCUGAAGGAGAACCAAUGGUACGAUUCGAGGGUGGUGGGGCGGUACUGCGAGAAGCGCGACCCCCAUUUGGCCUGCGUGGCAUAUGAAAGAGGCCAGUGCGAUCGGGAACUGAUAGCCGUGUGCAACGAAAACUCUUUAUUCAAAUCGGAGGCCCGUUAUCUGGUGCAUAGGCGGGACGCCGAGCUCUGGGCCGAAGUCCUGCAGGAGACCAACCCGUAUCGCAGGCAACUGAUUGAUCAGGUCGUGCAGACCGCCCUCAGUGAAACUCAGGAUCCCGAGGACAUAUCCGUCACGGUCAAGGCGUUCAUGACUGCCGACUUGCCGAACGAACUGAUCGAACUGUUGGAAAAGAUCGUUCUCGACAGUUCGGUGUUUUCCGAUCACCGCAAUCUACAAAACCUGCUCAUCUUGACGGCCAUCAAGGCGGACGCGACCCGCGUGAUGGACUACAUCAACCGUCUGGACAAUUACGACGCACCCGACAUCGCCAAUAUCGCUAUCAGUAACCACCUGUACGAGGAGGCGUUCGCUAUAUUCAAAAAGUUUGACGUGAACACGUCGGCCAUCCAGGUACUGAUCGAACAGGUCAAUAAUCUGGACAGGGCGUACGAGUUCGCCGAACGGUGCAACGAGCCGGCAGUGUGGAGUCAGCUGGCCAAAGCCCAGCUUAACCAAGGUCUCGUUAAGGAAGCGAUAGAUUCGUAUAUCAAAGCCGAUGACCCUUCAGCCUAUAUGGCGGUCGUCGAGACUGCCUCGAAGAACGAGAGCUGGGAGGAUCUUGUACGCUACUUACAGAUGGCACGGAAAAAGGCUCGCGAAAGCUACAUCGAGUCCGAGCUGAUCUACUCGUACGCGAAGACCGGAAGAUUGGCCGACCUCGAGGAGUUUAUCUCGGGUCCGAACCACGCGGACAUCCAAAAAAUCGGUGACCGGUGCUUCGAUGACGGCAUGUAUGACGCGGCCAAACUGCUUUACAACAACGUUUCGAACUUUGCCCGAUUGGCCAUCACCCUCGUCCAUCUCAAAGAGUUUCAGGGAGCUGUCGACAGCGCGCGAAAAGCCAACAGCACCCGCACUUGGAAAGAGGUUUGCUUUGCUUGCGUCGACGCGCAAGAGUUCCGGCUCGCGCAGAUGUGCGGCAUGCACAUCGUCGUCCACGCGGACGAGCUCCAAGACCUUAUCGAUUACUAUCAGGAUCGCGGCCACUUCGAGGAACUUAUCGGCCUGCUGGAGGCUGCGCUCGGCCUCGAGAGGGCCCACAUGGGUAUGUUUACGGAACUCGCGAUCCUCUAUUCCAAAUACAAACCGGCCAAGAUGCGGGAACACUUGGAGUUGUUCUGGUCGCGCGUCAACAUCCCUAAGGUUUUGAGGGCGGCCGAGCAAGCCCACCUGUGGGCGGAGCUAGUGUUCUUGUUCGACAAAUACGAAGAGUACGACAACGCGGUGCUCGCCAUGAUGGCCCAUCCGACGGAGGCGUGGCGCGAAGGUCACUUCAAGGACAUCAUCACCAAGGUCGCGAACAUCGAGCUUUACUACAAAGCGAUACAGUUCUAUCUGGACUACAAACCGCUGCUGCUCAACGAUCUUCUGUUGGUGCUCGCCCCCAGGAUGGAUCACACGAGAGCGGUGGCGUUCUUCACGAAGACCGGACACCUGCAGCUGGUCAAAUCUUACCUCAGAUCCGUUCAGAACCUCAACAACAAAGCGAUCAACGAAGCCCUCAAUUCGCUACUAAUCGAGGAGGAGGACUUCCAGGGUCUGAGAACGUCGAUCGACGCUUUCGACAAUUUCGACAAUAUCGGCCUCGCCCAAAAACUGGAGAAACAUGAACUGACCGAGUUCAGGCGGAUAGCCGCGUACCUCUACAAGGGCAACAACCGGUGGAAGCAGAGCGUCGAGCUGUGCAAGAAGGACCGUCUGUUUAGGGACGCGAUGGAGUACACGGCGGAGAGCAGGAACCAAGAACUCGCGGAGGAAUUGCUCGCGUGGUUCCUGGAACGGGAGGCGUACGACUGUUUCGCCGCCUGCCUCUAUCAGUGCUACGACCUGCUACGGCCCGACGUCAUUUUGGAACUGUCGUGGCGGCACGGCAUCAUGGACUUUGCGAUGCCGUACCUGAUCCAGGUGACGCGCGAGCUGACGACGAAAGUGGAUCGUUUGGAGCAGGCGGACGCGCAGAGGCAGACGGAAGCGGCCGAGCAGGACGCGAACAAACCGAUGAUGAUCCCCGAGCCGCAGCUGAUGCUGACCGCCGGUCCCGGCAUGGGUAUGCCACCGCAACAGCCUUACGUACCUCCGCAGGCCUACGGUCAGCCAGCGUACGCCCCCCAGAUGCCCUACCAGGGCGGAUAUCCUGGAUCCAUGUAGGGAUCGGUCCCCGUAUUUGGGGCGCCACCUAGUAGUACAUUUUUCUAGGGGUUCCAGAUCGAGGCAUAACCGAGCCUAAAUUUCGUUGCUUUUCAUAUUAAGGUAAAUGUGAGCGUUUGGAAAGAUUAUAUUGUUGCACGUUCGUUAGAGAUUUUAGAAAAUUUGAAAGGUUUUCUUCGAAUGGCGCAGGAUUUGGUUUGACAUUUACCUUUGUAUUACUGUCCUUAAUAAUUGUUCUCGCUGACGUCCCGGACUUGUAAUUAUGAAGUAUAUCGAUCCGAAAUACACUAUGUUAGUAAUGUAAUAACAACUGUUGUAAUUUGGUGAGUAUUUAGAGGCUGAUGGAUCGGAAACGAAUAUGGCGAAACAUUAUGACAUUCGAUCUAGUCAAGGUUUUUAAAUUUUUAGUGGUCGGUAUUGCUCCCUAAUUUAAAAAAAAAUCUCUGAUGUUUACAAAGUGAUUCAUCCGACGAUCCAUCGCUUUUGAAGGUUCACCCUGUAUAGGUUUUCGUUUCAGAUUAAUCGCUUUAAAAGAGUUGUAAAUAUUUAUUGCCUCCCGAUUUGACCAAUCGAAAUUAACGUUCAUCCCAAAGGAGUCUGAUUUGUUAUUACCCUUUGGGAUUAACGUUACGUAGGAUGUCCAAUUCAAAUGUAUAUAAGGACAUAACAUUAUUUUUGUUAUCUGCAGUGUAUUCAUUUAAUUUUUAAAACCAUUCCCCGAUUAUUAAGCAACAUUUCUUAAUCUUAGUCGUACCUAUGUAUAAUAGGCUGUUUAUUAACUUAUAUUUCCUUCUGAACUUUCAAGCAAACUGACGAUGACUUUGUGUUUGCCUGAAAAUUGUUUUAUCCAUUGUUUUGAUUUUUCUAUGUUAUUCAGGUGUCAUUUAUAGUUAUUUUCGUAUGAAUAAAAACGAGCUGAUAGAUACUUUUUGUUUAAUUUAAA